AUGGCGAGGUUGAAUGUGGUCGCCUCGCUCGUUUUGGUAUUCAUUUUAUUAUAUCGUUCUGACGCCGUUCUCUACGGCGAGUCUACGAAAAGCGAUCACGAAGGAGUUUCUACGAAUGAAAAUGAUCCAUCCUGGUACAGACUUCCGGAUUACGUGUUACCAGAAAAAUACGAAUUGUGGAUAUUGCAACAUCUUGCCGUGAAGAAUUUCACGUAUGAGGGACGCGUGAAAAUCGACCUGCGAGCUGUUGCAAAAACAAAAGUUUUUAUGGUCAACGUUGUUGGUCUGGAAAUUCAUCGUGAAAAGUCUCAAGUUCGGACAAUCGUCAACGGUACUAUCGGUGUGGACGUGCCAAUUGUAAGACAAGAGCUCGACAUCAGAAGACAGAUGUACAUCAUUUCAUUCCUGGAUGACAUUCCUCCUGGUCAGUACUCGCUGUCGCUAUUUUUUGUUGGCCAAGUCCUCGACGAUUUGAAUGGUUUCUACAGGAGUUCGUACGAAUCAGGAGGAAAUACACGAUGGCUCGGAGUCACGCAAUUCUCCUCGAUUUUCGCACGCAAAGCUUUCCCAUGUUUCGACGAGCCUUACAUGAAAGCCACGUAUCGACUUCACAUUGGACAUUAUACGAAUGAAACGGUCACCUCAAAUACGGCGCCGGAGCUGGUACAAGAAAUAAAACCAGGAUAUUUGCUAACGACCCUGGCAGAAACCCCGGCAAUGCCAACGUAUCUCGUAGGCUGGGCAAUCCAUGAUUUUGCGUUGUCCAAAGCAAAGAAUUCAAGUUCAUUCGGACUCUGGACUCGGGAGAAAAUGGUAGAUCGAGGCUCGGCGUUUCUCAACGCGUGUCCCAAAAUCUACGAAGCUCUCGACGACUGGAUACGAGUUAAAAAUCCAAUCACGAAGAUGGACCAGAUCGCAGUGCCUGAUUUUUACUGGUCCGCUAUGGAGAAUUGGGGAAUGGUGACAUUCCGGGAGUCCGUAAUACUCUGGGGAAGCGGUGUCACACCCACCAGCAAAGUUCGUAGUGGACUCAGCACAGUUGCCCACGAAUACGCUCAUACUUGGUUCGGCAAUUUGGUCACUCCGAAAUUUUGGAACGUAGCCUGGUUGAAGGAAGGCUUUGCCACGUUUUUUGGGAGUUACAUCCUUGACAUUGUUAACGAGGAUUUGAAAAUGAUGGAUUCUUUUGUUGUUGAUAUCCUUCAGCAAGCGUUGUUACACGAUUCUGUUCCGCACAAUAGAACAAUGAACGGUAAAGGGGUUGGGAGUCCAGAAAGUAUUCCGGCCUGCAUGGAUUUUGUGACUUAUAAGAAAGGGGCUUCGAUUAUUCGAAUGGUGUACUACCUCGUCGGAGAUCUCGCUUUCCAACGAGGAUUACAAUCCUACGUGGCAUCGUUAGCCAACAAAUUUUCAGUCCCAAGUGAUUUCUACGAGCACUUACAACGUUCUGCUGAUCAAAUGAACUCGUUCAAAGAACCGGUUCAGUUGAGCGACGUCGUCGAAUCUUGGGCAAAUCAACCUGGAUAUCCUGUGAUCAGUGUAACACGUAAUUAUUCUACCAGCAUCACAGAAAUGAGACAAGAGAAAUUUUAUAGGAACAAGAAUAGACGAAACGGUGAAUACGAAAACCUGCGCUGGUGGGUUCCCAUCAAUUUUGCAACAAUCCAAUCUCGUCCUCUUUCCAAAAAAUCAACGAUCUGGAUUAGACCACAGAAUCACAGUAUUAUCGUGUCAACGAUUCAACCCAUCGAAACAAUAAUCUGCAACAUCGAUCAAGCUUACUACUAUCGAGUCAAUUACGAUCGGGAAAACUGGCAGAGACUCAUCAAUCACUUAAUGUCUGGCAACUUCGAGACCAUUGGCCCGAUGAACAGAGCAUCCUUGCUUGAUGACUCUUACAAUCUUGCAAGAGCUGGUUAUAUCGACUACUCGAUACCCUUGGACCUCUCGAGAUACUUGAUUCACGAAACAGAUUACGAGCCUUGGGCUGCAGCGAUCACAGUUUUCGAUUUCCUAAACAGCAUGCUCAGUGGCCUGCUGGAUAUCGAAACAGCAUUUCAAGCCCACAUCAAUCGCAUCAUCCAACCAAUCUAUGAAAAUUUAACCUUCCAUCAAGCUCCAAGUGAUAAAAUGCGGACAGGAAUUUUGCGAAAUAUUAUUGUAUCAACAGCGUGUUCGAUUAACAAUGCACAUUGCUUGUCGGUUGCGAAUUCAUUGUUCAAAGAAUGGCUGGCAGAUAAUGACAAAAGAAUAAAUCCAGACUCUAAAAGCACCGUUUACUGUGCUGGCAUACGUUUGGCUAGCUCAAAAGAUUGGCAUGAGGUUUUACAAAUACUUCUCCACACUGAAUUGCAUACGGAACAAGAAUUGUUGAUUGCUGGCCUCGGUUGCACGAAUAAUUCAACACUGAUAAGAGAAUUUCUAAAUUAUUCUCUCUACGAUGGUCCUGAGAUACGAAAGCAGUACAGGCUCACUUUAUUCGACGCUGUUCUCAGAGGAAAUCCGGCAAAUAUGGAAUACGUUUUAACCUUCGUCAACGAAAAUCUGCAAAAAAUCAUUGCCGUAAGAGAUUCUUGGUUUUUGCUGAAUAUUUUCGAAGCCAUCAAGAAGCGAGUAGUUUCCGAGGACCAACUGCGUAAGUUUGAAAUUCUUGUGGAACGCAGCGCUGAAUUAAUUGGCUUGAGCAUAAACAAUGCUCGUGAAGUUAUCGAGUUCGCGGAAGAUAAUGUGUCAUGGAUACGUAGUUACGCUCCGAAAAUCAAAAAAUGGUUGGAUUUGAACAAAUGAGGCUAUUCAGUGUCGGGAUCAAUAUAAAUAUAACCAACUAUGAUACAUUUUUCAGGAGUUCAGAAAAGACGUGUAAUAAUUUGGCUACAAGAAAAAAAAUAUAAGAAAUGAAAAUAAAAACCUUUCGGUUGGAGAAAAUCAUUGCGAAUGAAAUUCGUACAUAUUAUCGGUUGAGCUCAACGAAAAUGAAUCAAUGUUGUUUUCGAUAGGAGAGUACAUUGAGACACCGUCGGAUCGCAGCACUGGAUGGUUGUUCGAAUCGUGUUAUCGACUCUAUAUUUAAAUGACAUUUAUUCAAUCAAAAAAUUCAAUCACUAAGUACUCGAAUAUUUGAGUCUGUUUAGUCGUUCAACAGAAUCACACGGAUUCAGAUUCACGUAUAAGUCACAAAUUCAAACUAAAAAAUUCGAGU